AUGGCUUGGAACUCCUCGACGGCCUCUGUCACUCCUACGACGUUGCUGUUGUCGAUCGAUGGGUUGAGUAAUACCCUCAAUGUCAACAUUGGACAAACUAUCACGGGCGCGACGAUUCUAGGUGUAAUCUUCCAUGUCUCAAUCCUAAGACCGUUCGAGGUCGAACAAUUCAUGUACACACUCAUUAUCGGAUCCUUCACCCUAACCAUUGGUUUAUUCGCGAUACAAAUUUUGUUUGGGUCAUCGUUUCUAGAUGCUACGAUAGGUGUUUCACUGCUAUCAGGUGGUUUUGUCGGUGGUGUGGUGGUUUCCAUGGUGGUCUAUCGGCUGUUCUUCCACAGACUCCGCAAGUUCCCGGGCCCAGUGGGAGCCAAGCUUACCAAAUUCUAUUCUGCCUCCCUUGCAGCCAAGACAGUUCAGUAUCACAAGGAUGUGAGCCAAAUGCAUGAUCGUUAUGGCGAUUUUAUCCGUACUGGUCCCAGGGAGCUGUGCAUUGUUCGAAGCUCAGCAGUUCCACUAGUCUACGGUCCAAAUACCAAAUGCCGAAAGGCAACUUGGUAUGUGCAGGUGGAUACUGAUUAUAGAAAAUGCUCUAUAAACAUGACCCGAGAUGUUGAAGAUUAUCGACGCAGGCGCAGGAAUUGGGACAGGGGUUUCGCAAUCAAAGUCCUACAAACAUACGUCCCACGUAUUACCUUGGAGGCGGAUCAAUUCGUUUCACAACUUGCAAAGCUUCAGGGUCCAUUGAACGCGACAGCGUGGACUAACUACCUAGCAUUUGAUAUUAUGGGACAGGUGGGAUUUGGAAAGGAGUUCGGGGGCGUCAAAAGUGGUCAGGAACAUCCUGCUAUAAAAGGUGUUCACGAUCACAUGAACAUAUUGGGCAUUGUCAGUCAUGUUCCUUGGCUUUUGAACAUCGCCUCGCGGAUACCUGGUGCCACGGCAGGCUAUGCUCCGUUUUUCAACUGGUGCGCGUCCGAGAUCAAAGCAAAGCAAAAGAUGUGGACAACCGAACAGCCGCCAUCGGAUAUCAUAUCCUGGUUGAUCAAGGCAUUUGAAGAGAAAGAUAUCUCGGCAUCGCCGUCCGAGGCUGCAUUGCACGAAGAUGCACGUGUUGUGAUUGUUGCUGGCAGUGAGACGACUGCAACUACAUUGGUCUCGGUCCUCUUUUACUUGGUUAAACAUCCAGAUAUCUACAGGAAGCUACAACGCCAAGUGGAUAGUGUGAUGCCGUCAAUGGAUGACUGGACAUACGACAAGACGAAGUCUCUUAUAUUCAUUGACGAUAUAAUCAAUGAAACAUUGCGCCUGAAGCCGGCUCUUCUGACAGGUAGCUAUCGAAUGACUCCACCAGAAGGCAUUCAAGUCGAUGAGCAGUACAUUCCUGGCAACACAAAUGUUAUCGUCCCCACGCAGUUGAUUCAGACAGAUGAGAGAUACUGGCCUCAUGCGCUCGAAUUCAUUCCUGAGAGAUUUGGCGAGAGAAGAGAUGAGCUAAAGACUGAUGGCGCACCAUUCCUACCCUUCACUCUUGGCAUGCAUUCGUGUCCCGGAAAGAACUUGGCAUUGAUUUCAUUGCGCAUUUCAAUUGCAAAGAUCGCUCAGCAAUUUGAUAUAUCUUUUGCUCCUGGUGAAGAUGGAAGCAAAUUUGACAAUGGAGCAUUGGAGACUUUCACGACCAUAUUGCCGCCACUCAUGAUGCAAUUCCUCCCGAGGAAGUAG